GGGGAACAGACAGUUAUGGCGGCGGCCUCAUCUUCCACGGGCGCUAGUAGGCCCGACGAAGCUGCGGUGACCCCCGGGGCGCUGCAGUACAGCCUCUUGCUGGAGCACUUAGUGGGCGAGAAGCGCGGGCCGAGGCAGGCGAGGGCCUUGGACCCGGCCUCCCUUGGGGGCUUCCCGGCGCCGGCCAAGAGCCCCGAGCAAAAGAUGGUCGAGCGGGCCAUGGAGAGCUGCGGCUUCAAGGCGGCGCUAGCCUGCGUCGGGGGAUUCGUGCUGGGAGGUGCCUUUGGUGUGUUCACGGCUGGCAUCGAUACCAAUGUGGGGUUUGACCCCAAGGAUCCAUACCGCACGCCAACAGCCAAAGAGGUCUUGAAAGACAUGGGGCAAAGAGGGAUGUCCUACGCCAAGAAUUUUGCCAUUGUCGGUGCCAUGUUUUCUUGCACUGAAUGCCUGGUGGAGUCUUAUCGAGGCAAGUCUGACUGGAAGAACAGCGUGAUGAGUGGGUGCAUUACUGGAGGGGCCAUUGGCUUCCGGGCUGGCCUGAAAGCUGGGGUCCUUGGCUGUGGGGGCUUUGCUGCAUUCUCUGCAGUGAUUGACUACUACUUACGGUAGCAGCUGAUGCCAAUGAAGGAGGACCUUCUGGUGUGAACUGUGCAGGACAGCUGGCCCAACUCACUUUCCUGUUCCUGACAACAGAUUAAGGAAAGGGGAAAGGUUUCUGAGAGCUGUGUCCUAGAAAACAGGAUAUGCAUCCAGCCCGUGGGCAGAGUCAGCAAGGCAUCUAAGCAAAGUGUUGUUCAAACAUCGUUGGAGAGGUACGACUAGGUGUUAAAUCCAAGGACUGCCUGCAUUCUCUCAACUCCUUCUGCUAAGUGUAUGCGUUUGCUGUGGCAAGCAUAAAAGCCUGUUACAGCAUGUCAGCACUUGCUACAAACACAAGCUCCUAGCUUCAUAGCUGUGUCGGAUACAGGAGAAAAUUGAAAGAUUUAACUUAUUCCAGGCCUUGUCAAGUGUUUGAUGCUAAUGAAACAAGAACAAUAUUUCCUA